CCCUGGCUGCAUGUCGUCGUCGUUUGCAGAUCGCUCUCGCCGCGCUACGCGUAACUAAACCGUCGUGUGCCACCAUUCGCGCCUCGCAACACCCACCCGGUACCUACCACCGCACCGCCUCUUGCCAACAAUCGUCCGGCCGUGCUGUGCUGAUGUGACAAUUUGAAAGUGGAUUACGUCGUCAGUGUUUCGAGUCGCGACCGAGAAAAAGCAAACCUAACCUCGCCGAUUGUUUAUCAUUUUUCCUUUUCGUUUCCGUGCAAAGUGAAGCAUAAAUAGUGAAAGGAAAAUUGCACGCGUCGGUAUUCGCUAAGAGAAGAUAGUUUUCGAGAUUAGAGCAAUCGUGCUCGAGCUGAGCAGAAGUGUGGAAACAGUGCAUUGUUACCGAAAGCAGUGCUGUGCGCGGUACGGCACGGAACGGAAGCCCCUACCUGAAAGCUGCAUGCAGAACCGAUCGAUCGAAGCUUUUCGCAGCAGCCAGAGUGGUGGCAGUAACGAGGCGAAGAGGGCGGCCUGCGGACAAUUCCACUUCCUAAUUGGUAGCGGACGAGCAGAUUUUUAAGUUUCGAGAAACUUUAAAGAGGCGUUUGCCAAGAGGAUGUCUGCUAUCAGACAUCGACCUCUGGCAACACAGAACGAGAGUGAUGAUAAUUUUUCGGACGAUGAAAGUACCCCGCUGACACAGGACAUCUAUGGAGGAAGCCAACGCACCGUGCAGGAAACCAAAGGAUGGGACGUCUUCCGGGAUCCUCCGAUCAAGGAGGACACGGGAUCGAUGGCCAACCAGGCCUGCCUGGAGCUGACGAUCAAAAUCCUCAAGAUAUUAGCGUACCUGUUAACCUUCGUGAUUGUCCUGGCUGGCGGAGUGAUUGCGAAAGGCUGUGUCCUGUUCAUGUCCUCUCAGCUACGACGAGAUCGAAAAAUCACCUACUGCAAUCGGGACAUAGCGCGCGAUAAACAGUUCGUCGUAGCACUGCCCGAGGAAGAACGGAUAGCAUGGAUGUGGGCGCUAAUGAUUGCGUACGCCGUGCCCGAGAUCGGUGCCUUCAUCCGGUCGACGAGGAUAUGCUUCUUCAAAUCGAUGAAGAUGCCACAGAAGUCACACUUUUUGGUGGUGUUUCUGAUGGAAUCGUUUCACACGGUCGGUCUGGUAUUGAUGUUUUUUGUAGUCCUACCGGAAGUCGACUCAGUGAAAGGAGCCAUGCUGACCAACUGCCUCUGCGUGAUCCCAGGUAUGCUUGGACUGUUUUCGCGGACCAAUAAGGAAGGAAAACGUGCCGUCAAAACAAUCGUAGAUCUAGCAGCGAUCGCUGCGCAAAUUACCGGCUUCGUGGUGUGGCCUUUGCUAGAAAAUAGACCAGUGCUGUGGUUGAUUCCUAUCUCGGCUUUGCUCACGUCAUGCGGUUGGUGGGAAAAUUAUGUUUCGCCACAGAGUCCGUUCGGAUUCAUCCGGUCCAUGGGCCGCGUGAAAGAAGACCUUAAACAAACACGAUACUUUACGUACAUGUUCCUGUCUCUGUGGAAAAUUAUACUUUUCUUCUGUUUUGUCCUCGUUGUGAACUUCAUCCGAGGAGACGAAGUGUCAAAUCUAUUUUCCCUAUUUGGAGUUGGCUUCGGUCCACAUAAAAUCGUUGUUGAAGAGGUCACUGUAGCGUUCAGUUCUGCGCUACCGGACCUUGUGGAAGCAUCGCAAGCCGGCGAUACCGUUGAUAUCGAUGCUUCUUACAACACGGUAACCUAUGUGCUGAUCAUUCAAAUACUUGGUGCAUACUUCUGCUACAUCUUCGGCAAGUUUGCCUGUAAAAUUCUGAUCCAAGGUUUCAGUUAUGCCUUUCCGGUGAAUCUAACAAUACCGGUGGCAAUUUCCCUGCUAAUUGCCGCUUGUGGUAUACGUAAUGAUGACCCAUGCUUCUUCCAUGGAUCAAUUCCGGAUUACUUAUUCUUCGAAAGUCCUCCGGUGUUCCGGUUGAGUGACUUUGCCAACCGUCAGAUGGCGUGGGCAUGGUUGCUGUGGCUACUGUCACAGACCUGGAUCACGUUGCACAUUUGGACGCCGAAAUGUGAGCGCUUAGCCAACACCGAGAAGUUGUUUGUUACUCCGAUGUACAACGCGCUGCUGAUCGAUCAGUCGAUGGCUAUGAACAGAAGACGGGAUGAUCAGGCCGAUGUUAAAACCGAGGAUUUGGCGGAAAUCGAGAAGGAGAAGGGAGACGAAUACUACGAAACUAUUUCGGUGCACACGGAUGGCUCGGCCCUACCACGACCUAGCGUCAAAUCGUCCGAUCACAUUACCAGGAUCUAUGCGUGCGCUACCCUGUGGCACGAAACGAAGGAGGAGAUGAUGGUGUUCCUGAAGUCGAUCAUGCGAAUGGAUGAAGAUCAAUGCGCUAGACGUGUGGCACAGAAAUAUCUGCGUAUAGUUGAUCCCGAUUAUUAUGAAUUUGAAACUCACAUUUUCUUUGAUGACGCUUUUGAAAUUUCCGAUCACAGCGAUGAUGACAUACAAUGCAACCGGUUCGUGAAGAUUCUGGUGGACACUAUUGAUGAGGCCGCUUCGGAGGUUCAUCAGACUAAUAUACGGUUGCGACCACCGAAAAAAUAUCCGACGCCUUAUGGAGGGCGCCUGGUUUGGACCCUACCUGGUAAGACUAAAUUGAUUGCGCACUUGAAGGACAAGGAUCGUAUCCGACAUCGUAAACGCUGGUCUCAGGUUAUGUACAUGUACUAUCUUCUCGGACAUCGCUUGAUGGAACUGCCAAUAUCGGUUGACCGCAAGGACGUUAUGGCGGAGAACACCUAUCUUCUGACACUGGACGGAGAUAUCGAUUUCAAUCCGAGCGCCGUCACACUGCUGGUGGAUUUGAUGAAAAAGAACAAGAAUCUAGGGGCCGCGUGCGGGCGUAUUCAUCCUGUCGGAUCUGGACCAAUGGUGUGGUAUCAAAAGUUCGAGUACGCCAUCGGUCAUUGGCUGCAGAAGGCUACGGAACAUAUGAUCGGUUGUGUACUUUGUAGCCCGGGUUGUUUCUCUUUAUUCAGAGGUAAAGGCCUCAUGGACGACAAUGUAAUGCGCAAGUAUACCACCCGAUCGGACGAGGCUAGACAUUACGUCCAAUACGAUCAGGGCGAAGAUCGUUGGCUGUGUACCCUGUUGCUGCAAAGAGGCUACCGUGUCGAGUAUUCAGCUGCCUCCGAUGCGUACACACACUGUCCGGAAGGUUUCAACGAGUUCUACAACCAGCGUCGUCGCUGGGUUCCGUCCACCAUCGCCAACAUCAUGGAUCUGCUGAUGGACUACAGACGCACGAUUAAGAUCAACGAUAACAUUUCGCUACUGUACAUUUUCUACCAAAUGAUGUUGAUGGGUGGCACGAUCCUUGGUCCUGGUACGAUUUUCCUUAUGUUGGUGGGAGCAUUUGUCGCCGCAUUCAAAAUUGACAACUGGACGUCUUUCUACUACAACAUAAUACCCAUACUGCUGUUCAUGUUGAUCUGCUUUACAUGCAAAUCGAAUAUACAACUCCUACUGGCACAAGUUCUAUCAACGAUGUACGCGCUAAUUAUGAUGGCUGUGAUAGUCGGAACAGCAUUACAAUUAGGCGAGGAUGGAAUAGGAAGUCCUUCGGCAAUUUUCCUUAUAGCAAUGACGGGGUCAUUUUUCAUAGCAGCGUGUCUCCACCCGCAGGAAUUUUGGUGUAUUGCUUCCGGUUUGAUUUAUUUAUUGUCCAUUCCAUCCAUGUACUUGCUCUUAAUCCUGUACUCAAUCAUCAAUCUGAAUGUUGUCUCCUGGGGCACCCGUGAGGUAGUAGCCAAAAAGACUAAAAAGGAACUUGAACAGGAGAAAAAAGAUGCAGAGGAGGCGUCCAAACGGGUUAAGCAAAAAUCGCUUCUCGGUUUCCUUCAAGGAGGAGCUGAUUCCAACUCGGAUGAAGAAGGGUCAAUUGAAAUUUCAAUCGCUGGUUUAUUCCGUUGUUUGCUUUGCACCCAUGGCAAGACGACCGAUGAGAAGGCUCAGUUGAUUCAUAUAGCUGACGCUCUUGAUUCGAUCACUAAAAAGAUCGAAGUGCUGGAAAAGCAUAUCGAUCCGCAUGCCCAUCAUACUCGUAAGCGGACUGCAUCGGCUGGAUCGAAGGACCAUCAUCUGGGAUCAGUGGCAGAGGAUACGGAAGACGAGGACGAUCAUUCGGAUUCGGAAACAUCAACGUUGCAGAGAAAUGAAAGAGAUUUUCUCACCAACCCCUACUGGAUUGAAGAUCCGGAUCUGAAGAAGGGUGAAGUAGACUUUAUUUCCAGCACUGAGAUCCAAUUCUGGAAGGAUUUAAUAGACCAGUACCUGUAUCCAAUCGAUCAGAAUAAGGAAGAACAGGCACGUAUUGCACACGAUCUGAAGGAGCUGCGUGAUUCGUCCGUUUUCGGAUUCAUCAUGAUCAAUGCUCUCUUCGUACUGAUCGUUUUCUUGCUUCAGUUGAACAAGGACAACAUCCACGUCAAAUGGCCACUGGGUGUUAAAACCAAUAUUACCUAUGACGAAGCAACGCAAGAGGUUCACAUAUCGAAAGAGUAUCUGCAGCUAGAACCAAUCGGUUUGGUGUUUGUGUUCUUCUUUGCGUUGAUUCUCGUGAUCCAAUUCACCGCCAUGUUGUUCCAUCGUUUCGGCACACUGUCACAUAUCCUGGCCUCGACCGAACUCAACUGGGGUUGCAAUAAAAAGCCUGAGGAGCUUUCGCAAGAUGCUCUUAUAGAUAAGCACGCGGUAGAGAUCGUUAAGAAUCUCCAGAGGCUCCAAGGAAUAGAUGGAGACUACGACAACGAUUCCGGCAGCGGACCAGACAGGAUAGCACGGCGCCGAACGAUUCAAAAUCUGGAAAAAGCUCGCCAGCCACGGCGACAGAUCGGUACACUGGACGUGGCAUUCAAGAAACGUUUCCUCAAGUUGACGGCAGACGAAAACAACAGCGGUACUCCGAUCCUAACGCGAAGAAUGACGAUGCGCCGUGAAACAAUACGUGCGCUAGAGGUACGCAAGAACUCGGUGAUGGCCGAAAGACGAAAAUCUCAGAUGCAGACGCUAGGCGCCAACAACGAGUACGGAAUCACUGGAGUCAACACUUCCAGCAAUAACCCCCCAGCAAGACCCACGAGGACCUCUAACGCGGGAGUCAGCGUGAAAGACAUCUUCAACGUGAAUGGAGGCCCGGGUGGCGACAUUUACGGGGUUACGGGGCAGGUAAACCAAGCAUACGAACCUGUGAUUGAAGACGAUGAUCGCAACUCGCUCAGGCUGCAGCCUCGCAAUCAAGUCACGUGGAGCAGCAACAACGGACGGCUGUGACAGAACCGGAGCUCUUCCCUGUGCUUGUUUCCCCCCUUAGGGACGAAUGAAAUUGGUCGUCCUUCAAAACAAGCAAAUUCCGUGUUUAGCUAUAGGAAACAAUCGAAAGUGAUGAAACGUUGAUUUGCCGAACGUGUGACAAAUCUGUUAAUUUAUAGCCUAAUUCAACAGCAGAUACUCUAACUGUUUUAACUGCCGAUACUAUUUUUUUUGUAAAACACUUUACCACAACGAUUUGCGAUGCUGUCAAAUGAAAACUGCCAACUGAUAUACUCACAACGGUACACACUUGAGCAAAAAAUACUCAAUAGAAUAUACACUAACAUAGUCUUAAUUGACGAGAAACUACAUACACAUCGAAAUUUCUGCUGAAGUCCAAAUAUACUUCCAAAUCAAAUGUUGCAAACAUGAUUUCUAAACGCCUUUCUCAUAUUUAUUUGUUCAAGAAUAAAAACAAUUUUAGGCCCAACUCUACGUCGAAUAAUGUAAGCUCAAAAACAUUGCCGCAAAUAACCAAAUGAUUGUAAAUAUGCUUCACCCUAUCAUUCCUUGUGACCUUUUACGUUUCUGUGUUGUAGUUUUCUUCUUCUACGUAGAUCAAUGAGUUUAUAAUUUGAUGAGUUUAGGUCUUCAGCUCUUGCACCUCGAUGUAAAUCAUAAAUGAUACAAACUGGAAUGAACUUGAUAGACUUAUUAUAUAUAUUUUUUACAAUAAAA